ACACACACACACACACACAUACACAGAGAGGAGCAACAGCAGUAGGAACAUGGCGGCGCCGCUCAGCUCUCGUGCUCUUCCCCCGAGUCCAAGGUCAGAGCCAGAGCUCACGCGCAGGAUUUAAGCUGAAACUAACUACUGCAACUCGCGCAUCUUAGAGUGUGAAGCUGAUGAUGCAUAUAGAUUCCCACCGCUGCAAGAAUGGCCUGAGUGUGUGUGUGGACUGAAACUGAGUUGCUGGCAUGUAUUAAAAUGAGCGGCAUAGGGGAAAACUCAUCUGACCCUGCUAGGGUCGAGGCUCAGAAACGCAAAGACUGCUCAUCAGAGCUCCUGGGUCCAAGCCCCAAGCGGAGCACCGAGAAACGAAACCGUGAGCAGGAGAAUAAAUACAUUGAAGAACUCGCCGAGCUGAUCUUUGCCAACAUCAACGACAUCGAUAACUUCAACGUCAAGCCUGACAAAUGUGCAAUCCUGAAAGAAACUGUGAAGCAGAUCCGUCAAAUAAAAGAGCAAGAGAAAGCAGCUGUGUGCAGCGAGGACGAGGUGCAGAAGGCCGAUGUCUCGUCCACAGGCCAAAGUGUUAUUGACAAAGAUGCCCUCGGACCAAUGAUGCUGGAGGCCUUGGAUGGCUUCUUCUUUGUGGUGAACAUGGAAGGGAACAUUGUGUUUGUGUCAGAAAAUGUGUCCCAGUACCUGCGCUACAAUCAGGAGGAGCUUAUGAACACAAGUGUUUACAGCAUUUUACACGUAGGAGACCAUGCAGAGUUUAUCAAGAACCUGCUUCCUAAAUCACUCGUGAAUGGCGUCCCGUGGUCGAGCGAGGGCUCCAGGAGGAACAGUCACUCGUUUACGUGCCGCAUGCUGGUGAACCCAGAGGAAGCGCAGGAGCAGGAGGCACAGAAAUAUGAAACCAUGCAGUGUUUCACUGUCUCGGAGCCCAAAUCCAUUAAAGAGGAAGGAGAGGAUCUGCAGUCGUGUCUGAUCUGUGUAGCAAGGAGAGUACCUAUGAAGGAGAGACCGAUGCUCCCCACACACGAGAGCUUCACCACACGGCAAGAUCUCCAAGGGAAGAUCACGUCUUUAGACACCACCAUGUUACGAGCCUCUAUGAAGCCUGGUUGGGAAGACUUAGUCAGGAGAUGUAUCCAACGCUUUCAUCUACAGAACGACGGAGACAUUUCAUACGCCAAACGUCACCAGCAAGAAGUACUGAGACAAGGCCAGGCGUUCAGUCCUAUCUAUCGGUUCUCCCUCUCUGAUGGAACCAUCGUCUCGGCACAUACCAAGAGCAAACUCGUCCGCUCUCCAGCCACCAAUGAGCCGCAGCUUUACAUGUCGCUACACAUUCUCCAGAGAGAGCCGACUGUAUGUGGCAUGGCACCUGACAUGGGCAAGCCCAUGACCCCACUGGCCACAAUGACUUCACCUAACCCGAUAAGCGGAAAUACUCAAGGUCAGGAAGGUGUCAUUAGUAGCAACACACCUGCUUUCUCGUCUCCAGGAGCCCAUAAAGAUUACCGUUUUGGCUGCCCAGGCACCAAUCAUAGCCCUGGAUACCAACUGAAAAUGAACAGCCCUUCGCAUCGCCCCAGUCCUGGGGUAACCAGCUCCCCCCGUUUACCCCCAGCCCAGUUUACCCCCACCAAUCCCCUCCAUUCACCUGUAGGCAUGUGCCCGGGCAACAGCAGUAAUCAAGUGUUUACUAGCAGUUCCCUUAAUGCCCUUCAGGCUCUCAGUGAGUGUCAGUCCAUUUCCCGGAGCCAUUCUCUGGGGUCACCUGAUCCCAAAAAAUUUGAAUCGCCAGGUUCAGGAGGAGUUGGUUCUCAAGCGAUGCCCAAAAUCGAGUCUUUCGGGGAGUCUGAACAAAGUGGAAACGGGCAUGAUGGCCAUGAAGGCGACGGCAACGGGCAUCAAAGGGAUGAAAAAGGCAACCUGAGUCAGUUCAACAGCUCGGAUGAAAAUAAGAUCCAUGAAAGCAAAGGGCACACAAAGCUCCUCCAGCUUCUCACCACUAAAAACGAAAAUAUGGAGUUAUCCUCCUCACCUUCACCAGCGCCCGAGAAAGAACUGAUGUCGGGGCAUCAACUGGGCAUGUCAGGAACCAGCGCCACGUCCUUAAAGGAGAAGCACAAAAUCCUUCACCGGCUCCUGCAGAACAGCACGUCGCCGGUGGACUUGGCAAAGAUCACGGCCGAAGCGACAGGGAAAGAACCAAGCCAUGACGGAUCCAACGUGACCGACAUCAUCAAACAGGAAGCCGUGAGUCCGAAAAAAAAGGAUAACGCCCUUCUGCGCUACCUGCUGGACAAUGACGAGAACACGGCUAAGGACAAGGCAAUACAGACAGAGACAGGAGAGAUUAAGGUGGAGGGGAACAACAUGGUCACUGUGAAGAAGGAGAAACCCGACGGAGGAUACGAGCAGUCCAGCGAGCUGGAUGAUAUCCUGGACGACCUGCAGAACAGUCAGCCGGGUUUUUUCUCCGAAACUCGUCCCAUGUCACUGCCAGCUGCCGUCGAUAAACAGGCAAUCAUCAAUGACAUCCUGCAGAUCACAGGAGAAGGUGGAGUUCAGCACAGAGCAGGACAGAAUUUCAGUGGCCCGAGGCUCCCGGGUCGAGUUCCUCCAAUGCGGAGCAUGUCUUUGGACAUGAAUUCCUCAGCUAAAGGUUCGCCGGGUCAGUUUGCAAUUAUGAGGAACAGCACUCCGUAUUCACUCAUCCAACAGCAGCAGCAUGGAAUGAUGGGAAAUCAGGGCAUCAUGACCAGCCAGGCCAACAUGGGUGAUGUUUGGGCGUCUCAGGGUGUGAACGGUUCCUCCCCUCAGGGGGCAUUGCAGGGACGCAUUGUGCAAAAUACAAACAUGCCAAUCAGACCCGGCAGUCAACAGGGAGUCAGGCCCAUGCUGCAGGGCCAGAUGAUGCCCAGUGCUCAGGCUAUGGAAAUGGACAUGAGUCUGCCAGGCCCUACAUUUCCACAGCAACAGGCUCCGCCCAAUCAGACGGCUCCACCCAAUCAGACAGCUCCAUGGCCUGACAGCAUGAUGCCCAUUGAGCAGGUGGCAUUUGGAGAUCCUAACAGGUCCCUUUAUGGUACAUCACAGGAUGAUGGGCUGUGUGCAGCUGAAGGACCUGCUGAUGAAGGUACUUUACUUAAUCAGCUCUAUACUGCCCUCAAAGACUUUGAUGGUCUGGAGGAGAUUGAUCGAGCUCUGGGCAUUCCAGCACUUGUUGGACAGGCACCGUCAUUAGAACCGGAGAUGUUCCCAGGUCAAGAUCAAAACCUGCUAAUGGACCAGAAGCCCCUUUACCCUCAACAGCAGUAUGCUGCUCCACCUUCACAUAACACAGCGGGAGGCUUUGCUGCGAUGCAGGACGCUGGUUACCAUGGCAUCGGGGCAGUCGCAGGGCCAAGGCCAGGAUUUCCCAUGAUCCGCAUGCAGCCCAGACCAGUUCUCCGGCCACCUGGGAGUGUCCCAAAUCAACCUAACGCACUCAGACUGCAGCUGCAGCACAGAUUACAAGCACAACAGAAUCGCCAGCCAAUGAUGAAUCAGAUGACUGGCGUGUCAAACAUGAACCUACCUCUAAGACCCAACGUACCGAAUCAGGGGACCAUUAACGCUCAGAUGCUUGCACAGCGACAGAGGGAGCUGCUCAGUAAUCAUUUGCGUCAGCGGCAGCGCAGCAUGGGCAUGCGACCUCAGGGCCUCAACGUGCCAUCCAACAUGGCUGCCGGCACCAUGGGUAGCUCCCAGAUUGCCCAUGGCAACCCUACCCACUUUCCCUACACGCCCAACUACGGAAUAUCUCAGCAGCCUGACGGUGGGUUUGGAGGUGCAGCGACCCCUCAGAGUCCCCUUGUGUCCCCUAGAAUGGGUCAUGCCCAAAGCCCCAUGAUGCAGCAGGGUAAUGCCACAUUUCAAUCGUCUCCAGAGAUGAACGGUUGGACGCAGAGCAACAUGAAUGCCAACAGCAUGUACACACAGCAGGCCAGCAGCGGUGUGUAUAACAGUAACGGCAUGAGCAUGAACGUCACCAUGACUCCCAACACCAACAGCAUGAGCAACAUGGCUCAGAUGGGCACGGAACAGCCAAAGUAUUGUUGACCAGAAGUGGACAAAGCGUGAUUUCCACCAGCACGGGCCAAGAGCAAGUCUGUGCCCUUCAGAGUUUCUCUACACAUCCCCAGAGCCCUACAACUCCACUGCCCACUGCUGGAGGGAGAUCAUUUACACACACACAUACACAUACACACACACACACACACACACACACUCACACACAAGAUUUGUUAUUUUGGAACAUUACUGUCCUAGAUUCAAAUCUGUGGAUCCUACAAACACACACACACACACACACACACACACAAAAGUCAAAGUCCAUUUGUUGUAUAUGUAUAAAAUCGCAUUCACCGUAGUGUGACUUAGCGUGACUCUCCUAUAAAUGGUGGCAUCAGGAUCCUGUGAAUGUAUUCUCAUUCUCUCUCAUACUCUCUCAUUCUCUCUCAUUCUCUCUCUCAGUGAACCUAAUCCACACACUUAUAUUCUCCUACUGUUCUAUCCCAUAGUCCCACACAAAUCGACGUUUAGCAGCUUUUGACUUUUACAUCUUUCUUUUUGUUUCCUUUAGACUGAGAGUGACGUUAGAGAUUACAACUCUGCACAGAUCUAAAUGUUUUUCAGGCAGCGUAACGAUUUGUGCAAUCAGAUAUUAUUCUGUCCGGUGUGUCAAAGGAACAGUUCAGCCGGGAAUAAAAUGUACACACUUUCCCCUUUUAUUCCCAAAUGCAGUCCAUCUAACGAGACACGUUUUGUCUACAGAGUUUACGAGACAAAUGCAUCUUUAUCUCGGUGAAGAGACUGUCCAAAAAAAAAAAAAAAAAAAAAAAAUUUUUAAAGACAUAUUUUUAAAUAAAGGAUUUUAUGUGAAAGUUCAUAAUAGUAUGUACUGUAGUUACAAAUUUCUAUUCAUAUUUAUCUAUCCAGGGAAAGCUUUAACAGAACAGGUUUUAGGAAUAUUAUGCUGACUGUUUCACUCUGCCCCACAAAAAAAAUAUUUGUGUUAAGAUUCCUACAACUUGAAAGGUUGCAACAAAGUCGUAGAAACGUUAUCGAAUGUUACUAAAACAUUCUGCAUGAAAUGGACUAUCAUUACUCGAUAGCAACACUAACCCUAGAGCUCCGGUAUAAAAAGAAAGAAAAAAACGUAUUAGGCAAAGCGUGUCUUGGCUGAUGAACUGCGUUUGAAGUAGUGCUGACAUAAUGUACAUUAAAACGUGUUUUAUUCUGAAAAGGUUCCUUUAAUUCUAUUCUCUUGUAUAGUGUUUUUUAAAAAUGUAGAUAUCUGUAAUGAGCUAGCGAUGAGAAGAAAUCCUGGAGUGAUGCAGUGAACUUCGCAUUUGCUUCUUCAGCUGUAUCACUUACUAUUUAUAAUUAAGAAAGUAUGAAUUUUGUUGCUGUAGCUGCAAAUAGAGAAAAUCAUGGGGUUUUUUUGUGCUUAGCUGAUAGAUUGUACAUACCAAUAAUUAAAAAAAGAUAUAUUUA